AUGACGAAGAUGACUUCUCUCCGGAACCCUAAAGGAACAACCGUUGCAUCGAGAAGAGGAAUGGAGAAAAUCACCUACGACUUCUACUCUGAACUCUUCGACAGCCAUGUCCACUUGCCUCCUCACCAACUGAGUGAAGACGGACGGAUGUCGUUCCAAAGGCUCUCCCAUCCGAAGUACGACAUCUUGUCGAAACUUUUGCCAGUACUCAUCAACACCCUGGCGAGGGUCUUUACACGUUACCUGUCGGAAUGCAAAGUUCCUAAACAGUCGAAGACCAGCGAGACCGCGUUCUUGUAUAAGAAGGAAAAUCCAGAUGACAUCGGCAACUAUCGCCCAAUCUGCUUACUGUCCGUGAUCUACAAGCACUUUACAAGAGUGAUCUUUGAUAGGAUUGAAAAAGUCUUGGAUGCGAGCAGGGAGGAUAUCACAAGAGUACAAGAUGCCGCCGCUCUCACUUUCAUCGACUUGAAGAAAGCCUUUGAUUCAGCUGAGACGGAAGCGGUCAUGGAGGACUUGGACAUCCAAGGCAUCCCUGCUCCGUAUUUAAAGGUACUUCGAGAGUUGUACAGUAAGUUCACGACCAGAAUUUCGCCAUUUUACAAGAAUAUCAUCAUUGACGUGAAGAAGGGUCCGGCAGGGUGA